AUGUAUAUGCUCUCCCUUACAUGCCUGUCACUUUUAUCAUUGAAGAUAACACCAGUGACUAGUUUAACAUCUUCGGAAAUCGACAACCAUCAAAGAAUCGAUGUUAUUACAACUGAAUACCUUCAAAGAAAUUUUCCGUUUUUAACAAAAACAUGUAGCAAAGAGGCAGUUUCUAAGUUUAUCCCUUUAUGUAUUCAAGCCAAUGAAAUUAAUUCCAUUGAAGAAAGAAUCAAAGUUGAGACCGCCAUCAAGUUAUCAGUAUGUGAGUUUGAAAAUUCAGGACUUCAUGAUUGGAUCCCAAAAGGUUGCUUUUAUGGUCAGCCACAAGAAAUUGUAGAAUGUAUGACUGGACUAGAAGUUGGGGGUCAGUGGUGGACUACAUAUAGCGGUUACUAUCAAAAUUUAAACGAAAUUUGUUAUCAAUACUCUUUACCCUUUGAACAAGAAAGGUUGCUAGGUAUGUUUCUUAAUGUAACAGAUAUGGUUAAUGAUAUUAAUAUAUUUUGGUCUAAUGAAUUCGGAAAGAUGACAUAUAAGAGUGAUUUAACAAUUAACAAACAUGUUGAAGAUAUAUCUAAUUUUUUUAUUGUAUUAUUUAACGAUUUGAGGGAUCAGGACAGACAAUUUAAGGAAGAACUUUUAACGUCAAAUGAAAUUGUUAUAAAAAAUGUCAAUAAAAUGCACGAAGUACUAAGAGAUGAUGUCAGUAGUUUCAAUAAUGUUGUGAAUACAUCACUAGAAGAGGUAAACCAUUUAAUUAAAGGAGUUGUUACCCAAAUACAUAAAACUAAUAUUAGCAAAGAUAUUUCUCAACUCAAUGAGUUGAAAGACAACGCAAUUGAUUUGGUACUUGACCAAAACCAAUUCUUUGAGAAUUCAUUUGAAAUGUUUCGUUUUCAAUUAAGUUCUUUGUUAAAUGAUGUUGUUAUGGGUUUUACAAAUACUCAAGUGGAUACAUUAAAAUCGAUACAACAACGCCAAACGAUUAUAGAUAACACACUUAAUGACGAAUUGGCUACAACCCUGAGAAAAUUCGAAGAAACAACAAUCAAUGAGUGGGUAAAAUUUACUGAAACAAUCGAGGACGAUUUGAUUUUAUUGAAUAUUCAAUUUAUGGAUAAUAUUGAUGAAAUAGAUCAAAGACUGAACAUUACAAUCAAUUCUAUUGAUAAAAUGGAAGGAAAACUGAAUUACCUAACAAAUUAUCUUUCGAAUAUUACUAAUGUACUUUCUAUAAUAAUAAACCUUAUUAAGCAUGGUUGGUUUGUUUUAGUAAUCUUUAUACUAUCCAAAGUGGCCCGGCUACUACCCACUUCACUAGUACCACAGUGGAUAAUUAUGUCCCUUAAAAUAGUCUUCAUGAUAUAUUUCGGGAAGUUCAUAGGUCAACACUCUCUAUAA